AAGAAGAAGGUAGUGCAUAGAACAGCUACAGCUGAUGACAAAAAGCUUCAGAGAUCAGAGUGCUCUCAAAACACUGGCUGUGAAUACUGUACCUGGGGUUGAAGAGGUGGCCAUGAUUAAAGAUGAUGGGACAGUUACUCAUUUCAACAAUCCCAAAGUCCAAGCUUCCCUCUCAGCUAACACCUUUACAAUUACUGGUCAUGCAGAAGCCAAGCCGGUCACAGAAAUGCUUCCCGGAAUUUUAAGUCAGCUUGGUGCUGACAGCUUAACAAGCCUUAGGAAGUCAGCUGAACAGUUCCCGCGGCAAGUGUUGGAUGGCAAAGCACCGAAACCAGAAGACAGGGAUGAGGAAGAUGAUGAUGUUCCAGAUCUUGUAGCUAAUUUUGAUGAAGCAUCAAAGAAUGAAGCUAACUAA